CCCGUUUCGUAGUACCAAAAGUACCGUUGUCGCUAUGGGUUCGGUUCGGGUCCUCGUGCUCUUAAGUCUCUUGGGUCUGGUGGUGCCUAAGCCCAUAAUAACACCAAAUAAUUCGGACCUACCUCCGAACGUACUUCUGCUUCCACCCCCCAUAUUGGAAACGUACAUUGCACAAACUACCCUUGAGGUUCCCGGGCUGGCAACGAGAGAGGGCGCAGCUGACGGUGAGAAUGCCACAACGACAGAAGUGGCACCUGACACAACGACGGUGGUACCCACCACCACUGUAGCGGAAGAAGUUACAACCACAUCAACCCCAGACGUGGCCUCUUUGCCAAUAUGCAGGUGUAUCUUUUAG